GCUAAGGGUGAAACUUUUCAUUUACUUUGCUCACUUUGGGCCAGGGCGAGGGAGGCUCCGGAUCCCAGCUGAGGGAGAGGAGGGGGGGGGGAAACCACCUAGGGGGCGCCCCAAACAACCCCUCCCACCCAGCCCAUAGCAAGGGGAGUCACGCACCUAUCCACCCCAAACCCAAACCGCAUCCGCACCCUGAGAAAAAGAGAGAGCACGAAAAAAAAAGAGCCCUCCAGCAACACCCACCCCUGGAAGCAGAAAGAAGCCUCCCGCCCACCUCCGCUGCAGCUGAGGACGAAGAUUGUUUGGAGCCAAAUCUUGUGUGUGUCAUUUGUCUUUCAAUACGCUGCCCUGACUUGCUUGCUGUGAAGGGAGUAUGCAUCUGGAGAUCAAAGUUGCUCUGAACUUCAUCAUCUCGUACCUGUAUAACAAGCUUCCUCGGAGGCGGGCAGACCUGUUUGGUGAAGAGCUAGAACGCCUGCUAAAGAAAAAAUAUGAGGGCCACUGGUACCCGGAAAAGCCUCUGAAGGGUUCUGGCUAUCGCUGCGUCCACAUUGGAGAAACAGUGGAUCCAGUGGUGGAACUGGCAGCCAAGCGGAGCGGGCUAGCUGUAGAGGAUGUGCGGGCCAAUGUGCCUGAAGAACUGAGUGUCUGGAUUGAUCCCUUUGAGGUGUCCUACCAAAUUGGCGAGAAAGGGUCUGUCAAGGUCCUGUAUCUGGAUGACAGUGAGGGCUGCAGUGCAGCUGAGCUGGACAAGGAGAUCAAGAGCAGCUUCAACCCUGAUGCCCAGGUGUUUGUCCCCAUUGGUAGCCAGGACAACUCUUUGUCCAACUCACCAUCGCCAUCCUUUGGCCAGUCACCCAGCCCCACCUUCAUCCCCCGCUCUGCCCAGCCCAUCACCUUUACCACUGCCACCUUUGCUGCCACCAAGUUUGGCUCUACCAAGAUGAAGAAGGGUGGGGGUGGAGCAGCAGGAGCUCCACAGCCGCAGCAAAGGAUGGCCAGAUCACCCACCAACAACCUACUGAAGCACAAGGGCCUCUCCCUCUCUAUGCAUUCUCUAAACUUCGUUGGGGGCGGGGGGAGUCAAGCUCCUCAGUCACAGCUCUCCCCAAAUGCCAAGGAGUUUGUUUACAGUGGCGGAUCAUCUGGAGCCAGUGGCCUCUUCUUUGAUGGUGUUACCAGCGAGAAUCAGGGUGGCAACAUUCCACCAGCCUCCCAGUUCAGUGCUAGCACUAGUGGCAGCAGCGGCUUUGACAUGGCUCAGGUCUUCAGCGGCAGCAGCAACAGCCUCUUCCUGGAGAAGUCUCCCUUUGUGGAAGGACUCAGCUACAACCUGAACACCAUGCAGUAUCCCAGCCAGUCAUUCCAGCCUGUCGUCCUGGCCAACUGACCGGCAGAAAGGAGAAUAUUUGUGGGAAAACAAGAAUUAAAAAAAGAAGAAAAAUGAAAAAUAGAAAUAUACAAAAAAUUGAAAUCUUAUAAAUAUAGCUUCUUGGAAAGAGAGACAACCCCGGAGUCAUUGUGCUGUGCCGGGCAGCGCUCCUGAAGCACUGAAUUGGUUUUUUAACUCAAUCCCCGUGGUUUCUCCUACCCACUUUUUUACUCAUGUAAUGGGUUUGUUUGGUCCAGAAGUGGUGGAAACAUAGGUCACUUUAUCUUUCUAUCUCCCAACUUCCUCCUCAGAGCUGGGCUUCAGUACCUUGUUCUUUGGUGUAGAGAUGGCCUUGUUCUGGGCAUUCCCAUAUCUCUGGAUUCUAGGCUGCCUUGCUAAGAGGGUUUGUAUUAGUUUGGUUUUCAGUGCCGGUCUAGAGAUGCACUGUUUCAUUGCAUGCUUCCCAGAGAGGGGGCAUGAGGGCUUGGUUCUUUUCAUGAUUAAUUCCCCUUCUUUGUCUGGGAACAGACAGGGUGAAUGUACUGAGUUCUCCUUACCCUGCAUGCUCUAGACUGCCAUGCCCUUGUUAUCUGAAACUUUUCAAAACUGCCAGAGAUAAUGCCAGUCUGCGUUUUGGAAUAAGAUUCCCCCAGCCUCCUUUCCCUUGAUAGCUUCUAGCAGUGGUGGGUAAGCUGGGAUGCUAUUAUGGAACAGCUGUUUCCUGCUAUCUUCCUGCUCUGCACUUUCACCCAGAGGUGAAUGCUGGAGAAGAACAGCACAGCAUUGCAUCAGUGAGUCCAUUUUUUAUUCCUUCUUCCCUCCCUACCUCUCUCCCAUGUACAAAGGGUCUUGUCUGAGCUGGCCUCCAAGUGUCAAUUCAAGAGGGGUGUUAUUUAUAUACAAGUAGGUGCUCCUACUGCUGUCUAAAGGAAAGAAACAUUGGUUCUUCUGUAUUGCACUUCUCUUUCUGUGCACAGGUUAGAUAUACUGCCUGUCAUGUGCUUUUCUUCUCCACCAAUGUAAGCAGCAUUCAUGGAUACUCCUUUGGAGCAGUCUCUAAAUGUUUUGAGUUAUCUUACUCUCAGCUGCCUUUGAUUACAAGGGCAAACGUUUUUCUUCUUUCGAGGAGGCAGCAUAGCUUUCUGGGGAGUAGGUGGCUGCAUCACUUAGGCUGCUUUCCGGAUUAAUAGCUUGAGGGACAUCACCUACCAUUUUCUUUUAUUAAGAAUAAUAAAGUGUGAUCAAACCCCUCUGCUUUCCUGGAAGGAUAGGAGGGGGCAGGUGACUUAAUACAGGGGGGAUUGCCCAGGAAGGGCUGUACUCAGCCCCUAGUGUUAACUGAUGGAUUCAGCCAGAGAUGGGUAGUUUAGAGGGAACUCAUUGCAGAAUAGGGGCUAGUACUUUAAAAUGACUGGUAGUGAGGGGAGAAGAAAUGAAUAUUCCAGGAAUGGCCUCUCCCUCCUCGUUAUUGGGAGUAACACAAAGCUAGGAAUCCUAAAGCUGCAACCCUGGUUAUCCCUCCACAGUAGAAAAGGGAGCAAGGGAAAGGAGUAAGAUUGUAGUGGCCUUUGAUAGGCUGCCUGUGCAUCCUGUGAUUCCACAGCCUUUCCUUUUCCUCCCAGGUGUGGCAACCCAGAACCCAAGGAGGCUACUUGGGACUGGGGACUCUAGGUAGGAAGACUGCCUUCUGGGGAUCAGCCUUGGGCUAGGAAGAAAGUGAAGAGGAGAGAUCUGAAGUGGAUACAUCUAGCUCUGAGGCAUUCUUUUUCUUAAGGCUUUUCCAUCUGUGCUGUCUCCCAUGUUUGAUUUUUAACUAAACCCAUCUCUGGAACUCCUCCGAGACCCACCUUGAAUAUUUCUGUAAUUAAGGAGUAAGAUCCAGUUUACUUUUCCAGGACUUCGCUGUCUGGCAGUGGGAAUAAGCUUUGAAUUACCAUUUCUCUCCACCCACAAAAUCCCGGAAUUGAUGACACUCCAGCACUCUUGUCUUUGUGUGUAUGUUGUAAAUGAGCCUAACUUAGGUUAAGGAACUCCCCUGCCACAACUGAUAGCACCCUGCUCUCAAUGGGAGGCUUGUUUCUAAAUCCACCCACUAUUGCAUUUAUUGGCAUGGUAUUCUUCUCAUUGGGUUGAAUCCCAACACACCAUUUCCCGAAGCAAGUUGCUUCCCACCAACUUUACCACUGCCAUCCAGUCCUUCCCCUUUGAGAGUACGUAGACUUCCAGACUAUUGCACUGGACUAAACUCUCUGCAACUCAGGGAACCGGCUGACUUCCCAGCCCAGUUUCCUUUGUUGCUUCCACCCCUCUCAUCCUUCAGCAGAAUGCUGCCAUGAGUCACUGCCUGGGUGGGAUUGUGCACCCUCUUAUGGCAUGGGAAGGGAGAGGAGAGAUGGAACAUCUCCAGCCACCUGCUAUGUGUGUUAAGCUUUGACGCUGCUUUAACCUGCUUAUACGUAUUGUAACUGCUUUAAAAUUAGUGUCGCAAAUACAAGGACGGAAAGGGGAGGGACCAACCUCUUUGUAUCUUAAAGAAGAGGGGGAAAAAAGCGUGCUUCAGAAGCGUUUCUCCAGCACUGGUGGCAAUUAAACUAAUGGCCUUUUUGGUCUGGAUUUAGGCAUUCAGCUUCGAUUUUAUUUUUUAAAACCUGCACUAAUUAACCUGGUUUCUUAGGAAAAGAGAGCAAGAGAGUUUUUUUUUAACUUUUAUUUUUUAUGGGUUUGUGUUUUUUUGUUGAUGUCCGUUUGUAUUGAAUAAUUUGCUACAUUUGUAAAAUGUAAGAGGUAUAUAUAAUAUAUGUAUAUUUCUAACGUAAAAAAUGUAAUUUUUUCUUUGAGAUUUUUUCUUAAAGAGGAGAGAAAAAUAUUUUUUCAGGAAAAAAAACUUAAAAAAAAAAAAGCAGUGAAAAUUCCUUUCUCCACCCCCAGCUCCCUCUUUCCCCCUCCCCAACCCCUUGUGAAGAGAGACUCAACAACUGUGUGAUCUUGGAGACAGAGAGAAAAUGUGUCAACAUGAAGGACAGAAUUAUGUAUGUUAACGUAGAGUGUUCCUAUGUUCUGUUGGUUUUUAUGAGAAGGGGUCUACUGAGAGAAGGGGGAUCAGGGGGCUGCUGACUUUUUCUUUAGCAAAGGAAGAAUACAAUCAGAGUUUUGUAUUCAGAAUGUUGUGCAAUAUUUUGGAAUGGGACAUUGGCGUGUCUAGAGAUUUUAGUUAAAAACAAAACAAAAAGUUGAUCAAAUCUGUACAGUUUCUAUUGUUCCAGAUUUUUUAAGUUUGUAUUAAAAGCAUGAUACAUAAUA